ACUCGGGCUUAUCUAGGGUUUUACGGAAAGGAACGAAACCCCUCUUCCCGGAAUACCCCUUCCCUCCUCUCAGCCAUGAGACGAGCUUCUGCUCGCCUCCUCUCCGCCUUCACCAAAACCCAUCCCAAUUCCCGAAAUCUCCCCAAACUUCUCUCUCCCCGCCCCCUCCCUUCGAAUCCCUCUUCCAUUUCCAACCUGUUCCCCAGAACCCAUCCCCCAAUCCCGUUCCCCAAAUGCCCCUCCCGCUCCCUCCAAACCCUUUCCGCGAACGCCCCUCCUGCUCCCCUCUCCUCCCGGCAGCAGAAGCUCAAGGAAAAAUCCGACCUUGAGGAGGCCUUCGAGUCCGCCACCACCACCGACGACAUCCUCGCCGCCUUCCAAGCCUUGGAACACGCCCUCGACGAGAGCGACAAGAGGCUCGGCCUCGCCUGCCUUAAGGUCGGCCAGCAUCUCGAGUCCAUCGACUCCGAGGACCAUGAGAAAGUCCUUGGCUUUGGCCUCAGGGCUCUUAAGAUCCUCGACAAAGAUGGCGAAAGCUCCAUCUCGGUUGCCAUGGCGCUCCACCUGGUCGGCUCGGCGAGCUACAAUCUCAAGAGGUUCAAUGAUAGCUUGGGGCUCUUGAAUCGGGCCAAUCGGAUUCUGGGCAAUUUGGAAAGAGAUGGUUCGAGCGAAUUCGAUAUUCGGCCGGUGAGCCAUGCAGUCCAGCUGCUGCUCGCCAACACGAAAACGGCAAUGGGUAGAAGAGAGGAGGCUCUGUUCAAUCUUAGAAAGUGUUUGGAGAUUAAAGAAUCGAUCUUGGAGCCAGAUAGUAGGGAAUUGGGGGUUGCCUAUCGGGAUUUAGCAGAGGCUUAUGCUGCAGUUUUGAACUUCAAGGAAGCCUUGCCGCUGUGCUUUAAGGCAUUGGAGAUUCAUAAGGCACAGUUGGGGCAGAAUUCGGUUGAGGUAGCUCAUGAUCGGAGGCUUCUUGGGGUUAUCUAUACGGGUUUGGAGGAGCAUGAGAGGGCCUUGGAGCAGAACCAACUCUCCCAGAAGAUUCUGAAGAACUGGGGAAUGGGUUCUGACUUGCUCAAUGCCGAGCUGGAUGCUGCCAAUAUACAGAUUGCUUUGGGGAAGUACGACGAAGCCAUCAACACUCUGAAAGGGGUAAUUCAGCAGACUGACAAGGACAGUGAGACUCGGGCAUUGGUGUUUGUCUCGAUGGCUAAAGCAUUGUGUAACCAGGAGAAGUUUACAGAUGCAAAGCGGUGUUUGGAGAUCUCUUGUGGUAUUCUUGAAAAGAAAGAAUUGGUCUCUCCUGAUAAGGUUGCUGAGGCAUAUGUGGAGAUAUCAACGUUGUAUGAGAUGAUGAAUGAGUUUGAGACCGCUAUUUCUUUGUUGAAGAGAAGUCUUGCAAUGAUUGAGAGAAUUCCGCAAGAGCAGCAUGUGGAAGGGAAUGUCUCGGCAAAGAUUGGCUGGUUGCUUCUCUUGACUGGUAAAGUAGAGCAGGCUGUUCCAUACAUGGAAAGUGCUGCUGAGAGGUUGAAGGAGAGCUUUGGGCCGAAGCACUUUGGGGUGGGAUAUAUCUACAAUAACCUGGGAGCAGCGUACAUGGAGAUGGAGCGGCCACAGACAGCUGCGCAGAUGUUUGCACUUGCAAAGGACAUCAUGGAAGUUUCACUGGGGCCACACCAUACAGAUACCAUCGAGACGUGUCAGAGCCUUGCAAAUGCAUAUAGUGCAAUGGGAAGCUAUGCCCUUGCAUUAGAAUUCCAGCAACAAGCUGUUGAUGCAUGGGAGAACCAUGGUCCGAGUGCCAAAGAUGAGCUUCGAGAAGCUACUCGGCUUCUUGAGCAGAUAAAGAAAAAGGCUUUCGAAUCUAUGUCUAAUGCAGUUUCUCAGGAGGCUCUGCCUCUGUCUCAUGGAAGUGAUGCUGUUCCUUCCAAACUUGAGCAGCAUUGAUGACAAGGUCGCCAUCAUGACCCCCACACUUUCUAAUUUGUACAAUAUCUGGUUUAGAAUAAGAAUGUGGAGCACUUGGCAGUGCCAUCCGUUGAGAAGCUUUUUCAUAUAAAUUUAUCUUCAAGAACCUCCUUAUGAUGUAAGCAUAUUUCUUCAAGAGCUUGGGGACUGAAUUUGAUCUGCAGACUCAAAAUUUCAACACUGCCCUUGAGAUCUAUGUUUUCUCUAGAUCCCCAGUCUAAAAUUUUAAUUGCAUAAAGUUUGUCUAAGAAUGAUGGUUUUUAUUUGUGGAUUGCUGCCACUUAGGUUUCUUGGUCCAAUACCUGGGCGGCCACCUUGCUUAUUGGACCUCCAUCACUCAACGUGCCCUGUUUUUCUUUUUUGCUGGAAAGCUGUUGGUCUAUGUGUAUACCUUAUUGCAGAGUGGACCCCAUAUAGCAACAUUUCACCAGUGGUGCCAAGAAAUGUAGUAGUCAGAUAUCCAUUUUUUUUAGAGCAUAAGAAUGCCAUGUAAAUCCAAACUAUUCAAUUUUUGGGGAUAAAAAAUAGGACCAAGAUGUUGCAAAUUUGUGUCAUAAAGAUACUCUAUUUGCUACACCAGUGAUUAUCCUUAAAAGCGAUCACAAAUUCUUUUUGAAUAGUUAAGCAUCAAAAGAUGUAACUGACCUAUUGAUUCAGAUCAUGCCCAUUUCUGAGU